AUGUUGUUCCAAUCCAUCUUCCUCGCCGCCGCCACUCUAGCACCCACAGCACUCAGCUGUCCCCAACACACCAACGCCAAACGCAAUGUACACCUCACUACAAGACAACAAGUGCCUCCAGGCACCAACGUAACCCAGAACGACUGGGCCUACGAAGCAUCUUUCAACUGGGGAAAGAUCAACCCCGACUACGAGCUCUGCCAGACUGGAACUCAGCAGUCUCCCAUUGCACUCUCACUAGGCAACGGACUGGCUUUGAACCACGUGCCGACCUUCAAGUACAACGGCAGCAUUUCCGGCAACUUCUACAACUGGGGUUACGGUCCCGCAUUCACCGUUGCACACGACGAGAAGGCAGCAGAGGAAGACAUUGACUGGACCAGCCACCCAAGCUUCACCUACGACAACGAGACCGUUUACCUCAAGGGCUGGCACAUCCACGCUCCAGCCGACCAUUCCGUCGGUGGCGACCGCAGCAAAGCCGAGCUCCAUCUCGUCCACGUCGACGCUGAGGGUCACGAAGCCGCCGUCAUGGCUAUCCGCCUCGACCCUGGUAACUCCAACUCGACUUUCUUCGAGCAACUACCCGCCAUGAUUGGUUACACCGAGAUGGGAGUUGAGGAGCCUACUACUAUGGACUUUGCUCCUCUGCUUGAGAGCGUCCUGUACUUCAACGAGUUCUGGACGUACCAGGGUAGCUUGACAAGCCCCCCUUGCACUGAGGGUAUCCGUUGGUUCGUUGCUAGGCAAAUCCUCUUCACGGGAGUUGAUCAGAUGAGGGCUAUUCUUGGUGCUAGCACUUACUCUGCGAGAGCGGAGCAGGAAGUCUGGCAGCACAGAAUCAACGAGUAG